AUGUCUAGAUUCUUCAAAUCUACCCUAGCCAAAUCCUGUCUUGCGGCAGGUGGUGUUGCUGGUAGUGCCAUCAUCUACUUGGACUUUAUCAAACCAAAACACAAACCAGAGAUUGUGAGUGCAUACAAGCCAUUGAAGAAGGACUAUCCAGCACCACCAACAAGACUGGAUUUAGUCAAAAAUAUCAAGGAAACCCCACAAUUUGACGUGUUGAUCAUUGGAGGUGGUGCCGUCGGUUCAGGAUGUGCCGUGGAUGCUGCCACACGUGGCUUAAAUGUCUGUCUUUUGGAAAAGACUGAUUUCGGUUCCGGUACAUCUUCAAAAUCUACCAAGAUGGCCCAUGGUGGUGUUCGUUACUUGGAAAAGGCCAUUUUCCAAUUGAGUAAAGCUCAGUUGGACUUGGUCAUUGAAGCCUUGAAUGAAAGAGGUAACAUGUUGAGAACAGCUCCUCACUUGUGUUCAGUCUUGCCAAUCAUGAUCCCUGUUUAUAACUACUGGCAAGUACCAUACUUUUUCGCCGGUUGUAAGAUGUACGAUUGGUUUGCUGGUAAACAAAACUUGAGAAACUCGAUUAUUCUUAGUAAGGAACAAGCAUCUGCUAUUGCUCCAAUGAUGGACACCACAAACUUGAAAGCUGCUUGUGUUUACCACGAUGGUUCCUUUAACGAUACUAGAAUGAAUGCUACUUUGGCCAUCACUGCUAUUGAAAACGGUGCUACUGUAUUGAACUACUUUAACGUUGACCAAUUGUUGAAAGAUGACAAGGGAAAAUUGUAUGGUGUUAAGGCUACCGAUUUGGAAACAAAGGAAACUUAUGAAAUCAAAGCUACUUCUGUUGUCAAUGCUACUGGUCCUUUUGCCGACAAGAUUUUGGAAAUGGACGAAGACCCACAAGGAUUACCAGCAAAGACCGAACAAAAGCCACGUAUGGUUGUUCCAUCUAGUGGUGUGCACAUUGUUCUCCCAGAAUACUACUGCCCAACAACAAUGGGUCUCUUGGACCCAUCUACUGCUGACGGAAGAGUUAUGUUCUUUUUGCCAUGGCAAGGAAAAGUCUUGGCCGGUACCACCGAUACUCCAUUGAAACAAGUUCCAGAAAACCCAGUGCCAACCGAAGAAGACAUUCAAGAUAUCAUCAAGGAGAUGCAAAAAUACUUGGUAUUCCCAAUUGACAGAAAAGAUGUCUUGUCUGCAUGGUCAGGUAUUAGACCAUUGGUUAGAGACCCUGAUACUGUUCCAAAAGGUCAAGAAGACUCGGGCUCAACUGAAGGUUUGGUUAGAUCACAUUUGUUGAAGCAAUCACCAUCAGCAUUGGUGACCAUCUCUGGAGGUAAAUGGACUACAUACAGAGAAAUGGCACAAGAAACAAUCGACUAUGUUGUUAAGCAUUUCGAUUUCGACGGAAAGAACCUCAAGCCAUGUCAAACCAACGAGUUGAUCCUCAUUGGUGGUGACGAUUACUCAAAGAACUACUCUGCCAGAUUGAUUCACGAAUACAAGAUUCCAUUGAAGUUGGCCAAGCACUUGUCGCACAAUUAUGGUUCAAGAUCAGCAAUGAUUUUGGACUUGUACAAAGCCAGUGAUUACAACAAGUUGCCAGUCACCUUGGCACACCAAAAAGAAUUUAUUCCAAACCCAACCGAAGUCUCACCAGAAAACCAGUUGAGUUACCAAUCAUUCGACGAGCCAUUCACCAUUGCUGAGUUGCUCUACUCGCUUAAGUACGAGUAUCCAAGAACCCCAGUUGAUUUCUUGGCCAGAAGAACCAGAUUGGCAUUCCUCAACGCCAGAGAAGCUAUGAGUGCUGUUGAUGGUGUUGUUGAAAUCAUGAGCAAGGAGUUGAACUGGGAUGCAGACACAACUGAGAAGAUGAGAAAGGAUGCCAAGAGAUACAUUGGAAGCAUGGGUAUUUCACCUAAGCAAUUCGAUGUGGAAAAAUUCCAAAUCCAAUAA